AUGAUGAUUCCUGCACUGCUCGAAGGACAAGCUCAAUUGCCUAGUGUCGAGAGCACAAACUCAUACUGGCACAAGGAACCCUCAGAGAAGCUCUUAGGCUAUCGCAGUACCGCAGAGCUCCCUCCAACGGCUGAAGUUGUGGUUGUAGGAAGCGGCAUUACUGGUACGUUUACUGCGAGAGAGCUUGUAAAAGGAGGCUGUAAGAACGUCGUGCUUCUUGAAGCAAGAGAGGCAUGCUGGGGAGCCACGGGAAGGAAUGGUGGCCAUUGCCAACCUCUUAUCUAUGCUGCCAAAGCACCAGUGGCUCAGUUUGAGUUGGAUACUUUCAACUUCGUCAGAAACUUCAUCUCUGAGAAUAACAUCCCCUGUGACUGGGAAACCGUCGGGGGCGUGCACCGCAUAUCGGAGGAAAUCCUGGAUGUUGUGACUCGGCACCUGGAGCGGAUGAGGAACUCCCAUCCUAAUCUAGUUGACAAAAUCAGGAUCGUGACAGACAAGGAAGAGCUAGAGAAGCUACGUGUCCCUGGGGCAUAUGCAGCUAUUUAUCAACCGAACGCCGCUAAGCUGUGGCCGUACAAGCUUGUCACCUGGGUCCUUGAACGUCUUCUCGAGGAGAGUGAUCCUAGUGUUUUCAAUCUUCAGACCAAGACGCCUGUGGACCGCCUUCAACGUAUAGGAGACUCUUGGGCUUUGCACACACCUCGUGGUCAGAUAGCAGCAAAGAAGGUUGUCCUAGCGACCAAUGCUUACACUUCACACCUUCUUCCCAAGUUGUCAGGCCUUGUCGUCCCUGUUCGUGGACAAGUUGCUGCUCUCACCCCAUCAAACGGAAGCUCACCACUUGAACAUAGCCACGUUUGGUGGACGCCAGUUGGAGGAGACGACUAUCUCAUCCAGAGACCGUCGGGUGAACUUAUCACUGGCGGUGAGAGGCUAGGCUCAAGCGAUGGCCAAGUCGGCCUCUCCCGCGAUGAUGCGAUCGACCCAGUCAUUGCUAAACGCUUGCGUGAGUCGCUUCAUGGAUCUCUAAAGCUGAAGGAAUCUGGAGAAGAAGAGGAUGCUUCUCUUGGAGCCACAUACGAGUGGACCGGUAUCAUGGGGUACUCGAGAGAUGGGUACCCGUGGGUUGGCAAACUACCCAGCGCUUUAGGCGGUGAAGAUAGCGGCGUCUACAUAAGCGUUGGAUAUACGGGUCAUGGAAUGCCUGUAGCGGCGAGAUGUGGAAUCGCGGUUGCCCAGGAGAUAUUGGGGAUCAGUAAUGGUGUAACUCUGCCAGCUCAGUAUUGCAUUGAUGAAAGCAGAGCUGACAGGGUCACCAACAUGACUAUUCCUUCAACGCUAUUAGAUGAGGUUAUGAUGAUGAUCGGCGAAGGGAUUUAG